CAGAGGAAGAACUCUCUCCUCUGGCUGGCUGCUCGAAUUUCCGACACGUUUCCUUGUCAGGAAAAAAAAAAAGACUGAAUUGCAAAACCGACCUGUGGUUAAAUAAACCCAGCAGUGGUUUAUAAGCUGAAUUCGGUGCUGGUCCGUGGCAGCUCGUGUGCUGUUGUGUGUGUCAUCAUGGCGGUGGUCAUCCGCUUACAGGGACUUAGAGUCACAGCUGGUUCUGAGGACAUUCGCAAUUUCUUCACUGGCCUUAGAAUACCCGAUGGUGGGGUUCAUAUAAUUGGUGGAGAACUUGAGGAAGCCUUCAUAAUUUUUGCAUCCGAUGAAGAUGCAAGACGAGCGAUGACCCGCUCAGGAGGAUGCAUUAAAGGCUCUCGAGUCAACUUGCUUUUGAGUAGCAGGUCCGAGAUGCAGAAGGUUCUUGAGGAAAGCGCAAGGAAAUCAGAAGCAAAUAACAGGAGGAACUAUAAGGAGGUUGUCAAAAGACCAGCAUUUGAAGGAAGACCCCCGUCACUCAUUGAGGGCUUGAAACUAGACAUGCGAAGAGGAGAUAACCAGAACAUGGGAAACAGACCUUCUCUAGUUUCUCCUAAUGACACUCGUACUCAGAAGAAAGCUGAAGAUGGCUUCUAUUUGUACUUGUCUGGAAUGCCAUUCUCAGCAACAAAGGAGGAUGUGCGUACCUUUUUUGAGGGUGUACAAAUUGAUGACCUAAUUUUUAUGCGAAACAAUUAUGGCAUGUUUAAUGGCUGCGGUUUGGUUAAAUUUAGAACCAGAGAGGAUGCCACUGAAGGUCUGAAGAGGGAUCGGAAAUACAUUGGUCCACGUUACAUCAGAGUAAUGCCAGCCUCAGAGCAUCAGUGGAUCAAAUCAGGGGGCUUGGUUAAACCCGAAGGUGCAAGUCAGAGAAAACCUGCCUUAGAGCGCACAAGAUCUCGGUCUCCCAUUCGCCAACGGUCACAUUCGUCUUCCAGUGAAGAGUUUGGUGUAUUGUAUGAAAACCUGCCAUAUUCAGUUGAAAAGCGAGAUAUAAAAGCCUUCCUCCAUCCUGUGUCUUUGAUGGAUGACCAGAUCAGUAUUUUUGUUGGUAGCAAUAGGAGCAAAUCAGCUAUUGUGGUGUUCAAGAAUAUAAAGGACUAUUGUUCUGGCCUGGCUCACCACAAGGAUACGUUUCUGCACAGCGUUGUUUAUGUAUCUCCUGUCUCCAAAGAAAGGAUUGCCAGUAUACUACAAUCUCCUGGUAACCCAAGAGAAGACCACAGAGGAUCCAGCAGAUCAUCUGAACAUUCACAAAAGAGUGUUUAUGACUCUGAGAAAAGGUGCAUAUAUGUUCGCAACCUGCCUUUUGAUGUCCGUAAAGUAGAGAUCAUGGACUUUUUCCAUGGAUUCCAACUUUCAGAGGACCGGCUUAUCCUGCUCCAUGAUGACAGAGGAACUGGACUGGGUGAGGCGUUAGUGAUUUUUCAGACAGAAAAGGAAGCAAUGAUGGCGCAGUCUCUGAAUGGGCAAAGAUUUCUUGGAUCGGAGGUUAUGCUGAAAUGUAUCACCUGGGCUCAGAUGCAAGAGUUUGGUAUUGACACCAGCAACAUGCUUGAGAGGAACUUAAAGAGGAACUCGCCAAGAUAUGACAGUGAGCCCAAUUUCCUUAAUGACCGAAUGCAUCAGGACAAUUGUGAUGUAAUGCUAGAGGCUCCUCGCUAUGGUCCUGGAAACAGAGGUCCAUUGGAUCGUUUGGAAAACCCCGAUGUUUAUGGACCGGGGCCGCGUGGUUCUGACCCUCCUCAGUGUGGACCACCUGACCAACAAUUUAAUCGGCCGACGUGUGUCCGGUUGCUCAAUCUACCCCCUCAGAUAAAGGUUGACGAAAUCUAUGACUUCUGCUAUGGGUACAGAGUAAUUCCGGGGUCGGUCACGUUGCAGUAUAAUAGGAAUGGAGCACCUACAGGUACUGCAACUGUUGUGUUUGAAAGCCACAGUGAGGCAGUCACUGCUGUCCAAGAAUUAAAUGGAAGACCCAUUGGUACGAGGAAGAUUAAUAUUGUGUUUGUGUAGAAUGAGAGACUUUGGGUAUUUCUUGAGACAACUGUUUAUAAUGACUUAUCUUGUUUGCUCGUUUAUACACAUUUCUAAAUACUCAGCUUUUUUUUUUCUUGCCUCAUUAGGAGGAAUACAUGAAAGAUUCAGUGAGCUUAAUUCAUGUCUGUUUUUGUGAUGCAACUUUUUAUUUCUUUUAGAAAACUUAUGGUAAUGGUUACGCUAGUAUAGCAUCUGACUAUUUUAUAGUUAUGAGUAAUUGAAAUCAACUUUCUGUCCAUCAGUAACAUUUAAUUUGUUUACAAGUAAAUAACGUUGAUUUUAAAUAAUGUUGAUUUUGAAGCCAUAGUAUUAUUGAUAUAAGAUGGAUGUCUACAUGCUACUUUUUUGUAAAAAAAAAAAAGGUUUUUUUUUUGGGUUUUUUUGGAUGCAUGUCUCUUGUCAGCACACAGUAUAAACAGCAACACCUUUCCUGGUGUGAGGGGAGGUUGUGUGUGUUGUGUUGGAGGUGGUAAUUUUAAAAUCCCAAGCACGAGUGUAAAAUAAAACAAUGUACAACACCUAGCUUGGAUGAUGAUGAUAAACACAAUAGAAAUAUGAUAAUUCUACUCAAAGUUGGUAAGAUUCACAGACCCUAGUCAACAAGGCAUAUCCUAGUAUUCUAAUAAGCAUUCAAUGACCAGCAUGCUUUGCUGUUUAAAAAGGAACAAGCAGGGACAGUCUGGAUUGUCUACAUCUCAAAUGUCCAUUCACAGACCACUAUACAGUAAUUGAAAUAUUUUUACCCUUAUUCAUUCAUGCUGCUGUUUCAUCAGUCAGUCAGUCAUGUGGCAGAAAACGACUGUGCCCUGUGUUGAUGGAACCGCUGUGCAUGAAUGUCCCAGCAAAUCACGAGUUUCUGAAAUACUCAAGCUGUUCCAUAUGUCAUACACAUCACGUUUCCCUCUCACCUGACCAUUUGAUUUGAACAUUUAAACUGAAGCUAUUCGCAUGCAUUUGUAUGAUUUUAUGCAUUGCGAUGCUGCCAUGUGAUUGGUUAAUUGGAUGAAUGAGCAGUAAUACAGGUUGUCCUUUUAAAGUGGCUCGUGAGUCUGCAUACUUGGAUCUACGUUAGCUUUAACUGGCGGCUUUGCUCAGCCUCGCGCAGGAGUAAAGCCUGUUUGCUGGUUUCAGCAGACCAACAGCUGUCUCCUGCUGAUCUCAUCCCUAGAAUACCUGGGGAUGUCCUGAAUCCUACCAGAAGAUGACGUGACCCUUUACCUGCGCAUGUGCAUGACCGGUAACUUCAUCAGGCCCUGCUACACCAGAGAGGUCCAUUGGGUUUUGUGAGGAAUUGAGUAGUGGUGACAAUGUUCAUAGCAAUUAUUUUUUUGUUUGUUUUUGUUAAUGUAAUCCCCCUGAUAUGAAUAGCCUAUAUGCAUGCAUUUAUGUCAAAUUGUGUCCCAUUAAAAUUAUUUAAUGUAAGCCAAAAUUUUUUUUUUUAAAAAGGAGCGGGGGAAGGCAUGCUAUAUGUGUAAUGCACUGAAAUUAUUAUUAUUAUUGGCUUUGUAUGUUAUGGUUGACACAAACCCAUUGCUGAUGUUGCUUUUUAUUGAAAUAAAUGAAAGUAAAAUGGCAUUAUUUUCAUAUUAGUGCAGCUUAGUGUUAUUAAAUUGCAUCAAGUGUUGUAAUGAAGCAAAUAAAUGGUCUGGAUGAAACUGA